CGUGAUCGAGGUGGGCGAUGGUAUCAUCUGGGAUUCAUCCAACAAUACCCAUCGAUCAUUACGCGGAAUCCUACCGUACGCGGGAUAUUGGUGGAUGCACUCCAUACUGGAGCUUGGCUGUUGAAGCAUUAUCUCAUACCACACAUACACGUGGUUGGCGAAGCGAGCAUGCCCGCUCUCUUAUAAGCGGGCGCAUGCCGCAACACAACAAUGGCUGUUUCCUUGGGUAAACAGUCAACAGAGAGGCGACAGUACAAUGGCCGCACAAUACGAAUCCAAAGAUGUCGACCAGAUCACUGCCACGCACGGUAGUCCUUCGGGCAUCAACACGCCGACAGAGUCCUCGGAACUCGAUGACAACUAUCAUCUGUACAAGCGAAGUGACGAGCAAGAGCUUGACCUUGCCGAAUCGAAAAGGGUUCUCCGCAAGCUAGAUCUGCGCAUAGUCCCGAUCUUGUUCUUGAUCUACCUGCUGCAAUACCUGGACAAGAACGGAAUCAAUUAUGCCUCCGUGUACGGGCUCCAAAAGGGCACUCACCUCGUCGGUCAAGAUUAUUCAUGGCUCGGAUCGAUCUUCUAUUUCGGUUAUCUAUGGGCUCAGUAUCCAGCUGGUUAUCUCCUCCAGAGGCUCCGGAUAGGCAAAGUGAUCGGAUUCACGACAAUCAUUUGGGGCAUCAUAUUGAUCACGACGCCCGCCUGCACGACUUUUGCCGGCAUGGCGGUCAACAGGUUCCUCCUGGGUAGUUUCGAAGCCGUGACCAAUCCCGGUUUCAUUCUCAUCAUGUCCAUUUGGUACACCGCCGCCGAGCAGCCGUUGAGGUUGGAGUCGUACUACUGCACCAACGGGAUUGCAACAAUGUUCGGUGGACUCAUCGGCUAUGCUGUCGGGCAUAUCACUACCGGUCUCCCGAAAUGGAUGUACGUCUUCCUCAUCUUCGGCAGUAUCAGCAUUGCAUUGGGGAUAGUAUCGCUUUUCAUCCUCCCCGAUCUGCCGUCGACCGCCAAAUUCUUGACCGAAGACGAGAAGGUCAUCGCCGCGAAACGCGUAUCGACUAAUCGUCAAGGCAUCAAGAAUCACCACUUCAAGAAGUAUCAGAUGUGGCAGACAUUCCGCGACCCAAAGACCUGGAUUUUGUUCGUUAUGGCGACGGGCGCGCAGAUUCCCAACUCCGCAAUCACGCAGUUCACCAGUCUUGUCAUCAAGUCGUUCGACGUUAGCACCCUUGGCACGCAGUAUCUCCAAAUCCCCGGUGGCGCGAUCCAAUUUCUCGCUUUGAUCGGUGGAGGUAUCGUCUGCUCGAAAUGGCCGAAUUUGCGCUGCAUUACCAUGAUCAUUGCCAAUACGAUCUGUAUCACUGGUGCUGCUUUACUGGUCGGACUGCCUGACAGCAACAAAUGGGGUCGCAUGGUGGGCCUUUGGCUGUGCUUCUUCCAGGGCCUGGGCUUCAGCAUGUCCUUGACCAUGGUCAGCUCCAACGUCGCGGGGUACACGAAGAAGCAGCUCACAGCAGCCAUCUUGUUUACCGGCUACUGUGUGGGAAACAUCAUUGGACCGCAGACCUUCAAGAGCAGCGAAGCUCCAGGCUACCAUUCGGCAUACAUCGCCAUGCUGAUCGGCUAUGUCAUCAAGUUGGUGGCCGUCGUCGUGUUGUACAUCUAUAUGUAUCUCGCGAACAAGAAGAGGGAUCGUGAGGCUGCGGCAGCGGGCGUUGUCGAUGCGGAUGAAGAGAAAGAGGCCAUUGAGCUAGGAAUGCACGACGUGACGGAAUUGGAUAACAAAGGCUUCAGGUAUACUUUGUAAUAGUGUGACAUACUGAAACAU